AAUGAUCUGAAAAUGUUAAUCUGUUUAUGCAAUAAAUUGUUUUUUUUACAGUCUGGCUUCUGUUAGUGUCGUAGCAAAGAUAAUGCUGUGCAUCUGCCUGGAGCAGAGAUCACAUCUAAAUGUCAGUUGAAAAAAAUGUUGCACUGACAAGACGUAGAAGAGAACCAUGGGUUUGUUAACAGGGUUAGGGAGGAUAUUGAUAGUCAUUAUCAACAUUAUAUUUUUGAUACUUGGUUUUGUAUUCUUUGCCCUGGGAAUCGUGUGUCUCGUGGGAGACUCUAUGCUGAAACCUUACUACCAGAGUGCACUGGAUAUACUCAAAGCUCAGCUCGAGGCCAACAACUUUGGUACCAUUGACCUCUCGUCCUUCAACAUCAGCGCCCUGAUCGGGGGCCUGGGCUACUUCUUCGUGGGUCUGGGCCUCUUCCUACUGAUCAUCACCAUUCUGGGUUGUUGCGGGGCCUGUUGUAAGGUCAAGUUUAUGCUGAUCACGUAUGCUGUCAUCGUCAUCGUUAUUCUCACCGGAGAAAUCAUCUUCUUGGGGAUCCUGUAUGGGUCACCAGACACGAUAAAAGACGAUAUGAAGAGCCCUCUAAAGGCAUCCAUUAAAAGUGAUUACAUGGGAUUUAAUGGCACCAACAUUGUCAGUCUAGGCUGGAAUUUUGCACACAGACAGUUUUCGUGCUGUGGGGUAGACAGUUACAACGAUUUCACGGGCGGAGUCAAAUGGAACACAAACUACGGUGGCGGGCUGAAGGCCCCGAUCACGUGCUGUGUCACAAUACCUGACUCGACCACGCCUACCUGUGCCGUGACACCCUCUGACAUAUACACAAAGGGGUGCUUUGAUGAAGUCUACAACAUGCUGUUGGGUGACGUGUCCCUGGUGGUUGGCACCAUCGCUGGAUGCGGUUGCUUUCAGCUUGUUUUGAUCAUCUUUGCAUUGAUAAUUUUCUGCGACGCUCGACAAUCAUCAAAAGUCGAUCCAGAAGCGUAAACCUUCAACAAUCCCCCGCCACCAACUCCUUCAGCACCAGCCUAAAACAUACGCAACUUUAUAAACGCAAAACUCACAGGAUGCAUCUCAGCGCAUUUAGUCAACCUAAUGUUUACUGGAAUGGUUACUGAAUACUAACACAUCAGUCAGCUUUUAGUCAACAUUCAGUCACAUUUCAGUCAUAUUUUAGUAGACUGGAUUGCAGAGUUUCACCAUGUGACUAGGAAAUACAAGUCACGAUAUAACCACAAUUACGAAGUCAGUUUCCGUCCAUUUAAUUGUAAUUAACAAUUUGGAUAUACAUGUAAUCAUGCAGAUGAAAUUUAUUUUCAAGGAUCAUAGACUACUAUGCUUGCUUGUGACUGUACUGUUUAGAUAUAGAUUUGCCAGUCAUUUAUCGUCUGCUGAGCAGAACUUGUUGUCUCCUGUUAAAGUAUUAUGUUUGUAUCUUAGACUAUUACUUUUAUUUAUUUUUGGUUACAUGAAUAAUGAGGAUCUUAUGAUCUGAAAAUGUUAAUCUGUGUAUGCAAUAAAUUGUUUUGUUUUUUC